UCAGACAGGCUCAUGGGGCGGGAACCAGCCUGUGGGCUUAGGAGACAUAGCUUUAUAAGCUGAGCCAAGAACUGGGAGGGAAGGGAAAGCCAGACAAAACAACACUUAGAGAGGAGACCAGGCACCAUGGCCACCUUGCCACCAGCAGACAGCUCCCCUGGGCAGCCCCUGAGCCCUGAGGACGAAGAGGCCAGCUUGGAUGAGUACGACCUGUAUAGCCUGGGCCAUCCCUAUGUGGCUGGUGGAGGCCGGAAAGGUCGCACCAAGAGAGAAGCAGCUGCCAACACCAACCGCCCCAGCCCUGGUGGGCACGAGAGAAAACUGGUGACCAAGUUCCAGAACUCAGAGAGGAAAAAGGCCCAGCGCUGACUUACAGAUGAGGCCAACCAUGACUGCACCCACCAUGGCAUCAGGACUAUGAGGGAGUGAGGACCUGGAGCGGGCGGGACCCAGGCCCUCCCCUCCGCCCCCCCCCGCUUGUACCCCCUCCCAAGACUUAUCCUACCUAAGGAAGGACCCAAGGGGGGAGGGGCAUCAGAAGUGCUUCUAGGCCCAAGCAAAAGAGCAAGAGGCAGAGAAUGAACCAGAGAGUGAGGAAGGCACCCCCAAAAAGAAAGAGAAGAAACUGGAGCCCCCAGGGCAGCAGCAACAAUAAACAAUUCAGCAGCUGCAUGUACCCAA